UGAUGGUCUCAAAUGCUUAAUGUGUUUUCAAGAACAAUCAGAAACACUAGGAAACAGCCAUGGAUAUAUCAAAGAUGGAUAGAUAUGUUGGCCCGGUCAACCCUGCUCAUUUUCCACAGCUGACAAUUUCGCUUUGUGGUUUGGGUCUGUUUUUUAUGGGAUGGUUCUUGGUGUAUGAGGUAACAUCCAACAAGUAUACCAGAAACAUCGCAAAAGAGCUGUUGAUUGCUACUAUUGCUGCCUUCUUUCUUGGAUUUGGAUCGAUGUUCUUGCUUCUGUGGGUUGGGAUCUACGUUUAGAGUAAUUAUUAGCAGCGUUUUCACAUCACUCAGUUCCUGCCUGGUCGUUGAUAUUCUAUGAAUCUUGUGAUAUGAUAUAUUUCACUGUUGUUUAUCUGCUAUGCAUCGGGAAAGCAUUUUUCUAUAAUUUAUUUUAGUCUGAGGGUAUUAUGAUUGUUGUUGUUGAGAUUUUUUUGCCGGACAUAAAAUAGCUUUAUAGUGGAGUCAUGUUUGUAGGAAACCCACCUGACCUGUGAAGCUGUAUGGUAAAAGACUGUUGAGAG